CGAUGCUCAUUCUUGUAUCUGAUCUGGCACGCUGACAGUCGGAGUUUGACGGCACGUCCGUCCAUCUGUCUAUCGUUAGUCAGUCGGUCCGUCAGUUUGUGCUCCGACAUCAAAAGGACAAGUGCGAGUGCUCGUAAAGUCGCCACACAAGUUCUUCACGGGCUUUCCAAUCGUUUUAUUUCACACCGCAGUGAUUAAGCAAUUAAAACAAUUAAACAGGAUGAGCGGGAUAAAUAACUUGGACGAGUGUUACAGUAUCGCCGAGGAGCUAGUUUUGUACGCAGGAAAGGUAAUAGAAGAUGGUAUCACUGCUAGAAAGAAUGUCAAAAGUAAAGGGAUUGAUUGGGAUCUCGUUACAGAGUACGAUCGCAGGAUAGAGGACAAAUUGAUAAAACGAUUAUCCGCACAGUUCCCAUCGCACAAAUUUAUUGGAGAAGAAACGGUAGCGAAAGAAGGUUGCCUACCAGACCUGACCGAUGAUCCUACUUGGAUAAUAGAUCCAAUCGACGGUACCACUAAUUUCGUACACCGAUUUCCGCAUACGUGCAUUUCUUUGGCAUUAUUAGUGAACAAGAAGGUGGAGAUCGGAAUAAUAUAUAAUCCUAUUAUGAGACAAUUCUUUUCUGCAAGAAGACAUUGCGGUGCCUUUCUUAACGGGAAACCUAUUAAAACAUCACACGUGAGAGAUGUGUCUCAGUCGCUAGUAGCUAUGGAACCAUGGCUCGCAAAAGAUCCUCAACAUUUAGUCAGCGUAUAUGGCAGAAUGCAUGCUUUGGUGCAAAGCACUCACGGAAUAAGAUCAUUAGGGACAGCAGCACUCACAUUAUGUUAUGUAGCAAUGGGUGCUGUAGAAGCAUAUCACAUUGAAGGUAUAGACGCUUGGGAUGUUGCAGCUGGUAAAUUAAUAAUUGAAGAAGCAGGUGGAAUCGUGAUAGACACAGCUGGAGGUGAACUCGAUAUAAUGACGCCAAGAGUUAUAGCAGCAUGUAACCAACAAAUUGCACAGCAACUCGUAGAUCUUUUCCAAAAAGCCGAUUCCGGAAUGCUUAAUAAAAACUUGAACUGAAUAUACCGAUACGAUGUACAAUCAAUGUACGUUUCCUUAUGCAAUAUAAAUAUGCAUAUUACAUGCAUAUUUAAAAAUAUAGUAUUACUAAACGUAUUUAAGAAACUUGCAUUAUGUGGUCAUAAAACUUAAAAAUUGCACGCUACGACUGAAAUUUUGUACAUACACGGUACUCUUCAAUUGUUAUCGAUAUCGUAAUGCUGUACAAUUUGAUAAUAUUAAAAUAAACAUUGAAUUAAUA